AUGACAUCCAUCAUCUUGCGUGCCGCCGCCACUGGCGCGCUUCUUUUGACAGGGAACCUCGUCUCUGCGCAGUACUACAAAAUCGACUCAGAUGACGACAUCAAAAGCGCUGCGAAAACACUCGCUUCCGACCUGAUGCAAUACUACCACGGUAACGAGUAUGGUCAGACACCUGGAAUUCUACCUGGUCCUCCCCCGGCCGGCGAUUACUACUGGUGGGAAGGAGGUGCGAUGUGGGGAGCCAUGAUCGACUAUUGGCAUCUGACUGGCGACGACACCUACAACGACAUCGUCACCCAGGCUCUCCUACACCAAGUCGGGCCCAACAAGGACUACAUGCCUCCCAACGUGACGGCUUCGCUGGGCAACGAUGACCAGGGCUUUUGGGGUAUGACGGCCAUGCAAGCCGCCGAGGAGAACUUCCCAAACCCUCCCGAGGACCAACCCCAGUGGUUAGCGCUGGCGCAGGCUGUUUUCAACACACAGGCUAGUCCUGACCGUCACGACGAGACAUGUGGAGGUGGUCUACGGUGGCAGAUUCCCUUUGCAAACAACGGAUACGAUUAUAAGAAUAGUAUCGCGAACGGAUGUUUCUUCAACCUCGGUGCUCGCCUCGCUCGAUAUCUUGAUAACCAAACAUAUGCCGACUGGGCAGAGAAGACCUGGGACUGGGUUGAGAGCGUCGAUUUAAUGGACAAGGACUACAACAUCUAUGACGGUGCCCACGUCGAAAGCAACUGCACCGAUAUCAACAGAGCCCAGUUCUCAUACAAUAACGGUGUCUACUUGCUUGGCGCUGCUUACAUGUACAACUACACUAGCGACCCCAAAUGGGAGCAGCGAGUCACUGAUCUCUUGAACGCAACAUUAAACGUCUUUUUCCCCGGAAAUAUCGCCUUCGAGGUUGCCUGCGAGGAACACAUGACGUGUACGACGGAUAUGUUGAGUUUCAAGGGCUACAUGCACCGAUGGAUGUCAACUAUGACCCAGAUUGCACCAUUCACCGCGAACACAGUCCUCCCCGUCCUCCAGACGUCAGCAGAGGCGGCUGUAACCCAGUGUACGGGGGGCAGCAACCAAAGGACAUGCGGGUUCGGCUGGAAAAGCGGCGCUUUUGAUAACAGUGUCGGUGCUGGCCAGACCAUGGACGUAUUGGGGGCUGUCUCGUCUCUGCUGAUUGGCAAAUCCAAGGUUCCGGUAACGAAUUCAUCGGGAGGCACCAGUGCAGGCGAUACAAAUGCCGGAGCAGGCAGCGACACGUUCACCAACAUGCCCACACCGAUAACAACUGGCGACCGAGCAGGUGCUGGUAUACUAACGGCGCUUGUUCUUGCAUCUGCGCUUGGUAUAUUCGGCUGGAUGAGUAUUGCUUCAUGA